AUGCCGGCCUCGUACGUUCCAUCGGCAACUUACGCUCCUUCGACGCCUUCCCAGAGCGGAACAGUCGUUAGCGGAACAACCGUUGGCGACACCACAAUUGCAAGCCUGUGGACGCGUCAUGAGGCGCUCAAAACCGUUGAAGCGGACAAAAACAGCCUGAUCGAGGAGAUCCUGUUUCGCUAUGAAUUUCUCAGCGACCAGCUCAAAAAAGAAUGCGAAGACCAUGACCGCGAGCGCGAGUACAACCGCCAGUCCCAGCGUAGCAUCAAAGAACUCGAAGAUCGUAUCCGGCGGAUGAAGGCAUUUAUGGAACGUGAUCCAUUCAUCCUCGUACUUAUCGAUGGCGACGGCAUGAUUUUUCAGGACGACCUGCUCCAAGAGGGUGAGAGUGGCGGCAGAAAAGCGGCCCAUAGCCUCCAUGCUGAAGUCAGCGAAUACAUCCAGACGAUUGAAUCCGGCUUGCCAUCUGACGUCAAAAUCGUUACGCGCGUCUACGCCAACGUCACAGGACUCGCUGAGACGUGCAUCCGAGCCGGUAUUGUCGACAAGGCCUCUGCGAUUGAUGACUUUGUGCGUGGCUUUACUCGCGGAAAGAAUUUGUUCGACUUUGUCGAUGUCGGCCCUGGAAAAGAUCGGGCCGACGACAAGUUGACAGAAACCUUCAAGCUAUAUCUCUACGACUUCCACUGCCAUCACAUCCUCUUUGGGUGCUCACAUGACAAUGGAUAUGCACGUCUUUUGGAAGAGUACACAACCGACCAGGGUUUUGUCAGUCGCAUCACGCUUUUAGAGGGCGUCCCAUUCGAAAAAGAGCUUGUCACGCUGCCUUUUAUGACCAAAAAGUUUGAGAACCUCUUCCGCUCCCAAAUAACCCCAUUUGCUCCACCAGGACUCGGUACCACACCCCUCUAUGGAAACCCAAUCUCAAACCAAGCCUUCCCCCUCCGUCCAACAAAGGAGCCAUCCACACCCACCCUCGCUACCACCUGGGCCGCCGCGGUUCAAAAACCAGCCCCAUCCCCCUCCCUCACGCCCGCAGCGCCACUCAAAGCCACCACAGCCUCGACCCUCGCCCUGACUCCCACAGCCAUCCUCCACAACCGCAAAGGCCAGCGCGUCGACCCCGCAGUCCGCAACUACGACAAAGAGGAAGUCUCGCGCGUAAAGCGGCUCAAGAUGUGCAACGUGCACUUCCUGCGACGGGACUGCCCCUUCGGGAGCGCGUGCACGCACCGCCACGACUACAAGCCCACAGCGACAGAGCUGCAGACGCUGAGGCUGGUGGCGAGGAUGGCGCCGUGCGAUUAUGGCAGUGCGUGUCAGGAUGUCAAGUGUAUCUACGGGCAUGUCUGUCCGGCGCCGCAGAAGAAGGGGAUGGGCGGGAAGGGGUGCAUCUUUGGUGAGACUUGUAAGUUUCCGAUGGAGUUGCAUGGGAUUGAUUUGGAGGUUGUGCGGUUCACCAAGGUGUGA